AUGCGUGCAACCUCCUCUCUCGCCACCAUCGCAUCAAAGUACAGGCACGCAUCCAUUGCCACCUUCAAAAAGCUUGGUAUUCUCUCUAUCCAAGUGAUAAAGAUGGAAAUGACAUGGAGCACCACAAGUUUGAAUGACGCAUACACAUGGAAACGGAUGGAUUUGCGGAUUGCCGAGAUCCCGACAACAUUGUCAGACCGAAUCAGCAUGCUACGCUACUUUGAGUUGCUGGCGACAUUGAUGCAUGGCAUUGACACAUGUAUCAAGGUAGAGAAUGGGCUCAAGAGCGAACAUGUUGGAUCGGUAUUUUUUGAAGGAAGGACAAUUGAAGAAGGGAAUUACGAGAGCAAUGUGCUCGGCUUGGCCAACUGCACCUUGGGUGCCAGUUGCACGAUCAAGCUUGCCAAUCCCAGAUUUCGCAAUGUCGCUACCAGCCAAACUGGAUCUGGGGGUCGACCUCUUCGACGACGACGACCAAAAAAUAUUUUUUGGGCUGUUUGCGACAUUGAACGCGAAACUUUUACACAAGGUGCUGUUGGCCAAGCCGAGCACAUUGCUCUAUUCAAAACCCCACGUUUCAUUGUAAAGUUUGGAGAUACAGGCACCUUUAUGUUUGUGGACCCUGGCAGAGCAAAAGAUGCAGAGGGUCGUGUUGUGUAA